AGAACAUCCUCAUAGAGACUUAGACGCCAUUCAAUGCCCGCAACCAGUGGAGAUGCUUUCACCUAUGCCUACAAACAUGUUGACGGGCAGCCCGUUCACAUCGAUGUGUAUCCGCCGCAACAGGCAGCACCUUCCGAGAUCCUCGCGCCGCUGCCCGCAGUGAUUUACUUCCAUGGAGGCGCUCUGACCGUUGGGAACCGUCAGAGCUGGUUUCCUACAUGGCUACACCGACGCGUGACAGAGCUGGGGAUGGUAUUCAUCUCUGCUGACUACCGGCUCAUUCCUCCUGCUACCGGACAUGAUAUCCUCUGUGACAUCAAAGACCUCUUCCACUUCAUCGAAAGCGAACUGAACCAAGGUAUUCUGGAGGACUGGGUCACGGCCGCUCGCGUUGGUCGCCCUUUUCAGAUCAAUCCACAUGCGCUCGCCGUGUCGGGGAGCAGCGCUGGCGGGCUGUGCGCGUAUCUAGCAGCUAUACAUGCAUCACCAAGACCAAAGGCUGUCCUGUCUCUGUAUGGAAUGGGAGGCGAUAUGACGACCUCGCAAUACCUUGAGCCUAAAUCGGAGCCAUUCUUCCGUGGACGCGAGAUACUGGACCCUGGCGACUUCUCUGAAUAUCUGUACCCGGCCUCGACGCAGUUGCAGCCCUCCGCAGACUCGCCAUUAGCCUACCACCCGCCGACCUUCCGGAUACCCGGGUACCCGGCUAAUCCAAGGAUGCUGCUUGGCCGGCUAUAUCUUCAAAUGGGCACGUUCUUAGAUUACUACAUAGGGUCCCACAACCCAAGCCUCAGCGCGAUCCUGCGAGCCCAUCUCCGCGACCAACCCCAAGCUGAUCAUAGUGUCCCAGCCAUCCCUGCUGCACAUCGGCACCUUUUCCCCCAAUUCAUGAUCACUUCUGCGUUGCCGCCGGUGUUCCUCAUCCAUGGGUCGAGCGAUACCGCGGUAGUAAUCAAAGAAUCUCACAAUCUACAGUCUUUGUUGGAAGCAGCCGGGGUUCGUGCGGAGCUGGUGGUCGUAGAGGGCAAGGAGCAUUCAUUCGACUACGAGCCGAACGCAGAAGAAGAAUUUGGCGGGCCAGGAGGGCUGUUUGACCGAGCGGCGAGCUUCCUCCAGGAAGCCUUGAUUACUUCAGUAGAUCAGGUAUCGUGACAUAGACAUGCAUAGAUUAUAAGCAUGGUAUC